UCUCUCUCUCUCCCUCUCUCUCUGUGAUGGGAUGCAUUGCGGUUUUCUUGGGCAUAUUUGUUCUCUUUCUUCUCCAAUUCCCAUUCUCGGUGGAUGCCAAGAAACACCACUUUGUUCUUGUUCAUGGAGCUGGGCAUGGUGCGUGGUGCUGGUACAAAAUCGCGAAUGAGUUGGAACAAUCCGGUCACCGAGUGGAUACAUUGGAUCUGGUCAGUGCUGGAACGAGCAGUGUCGAUGCUACCACUGUUGGUAGUGUGGAGAAUUAUUCGGCUCCUUUGAUCCAGAUGCUUGACUCUCUGAAUGACACAGUGAUCUUGGUCGGACAUAGCUUAGGAGGAAUCACGCUUACAUACGCCUUGGAGAAAAUUCCUAGCCGAAUCUCCAAAGCUGUUUAUCUCGCUGCUUUUAUGUUUUCCCACAAUGCAAGUCGGGCUCGGGAAAUCUUCAACCAGCCGGGAACUCCGGGCAACUUGAAAAUGAUCUUUUCAAAUGGCUCCAUGGUACCUACGGCUGCUGCAUUUAAUCUAGACCGCGCCCAACAAGUGUUAUAUAACAAAUCUCCUUCACAGGAUGUUGUUUUGGCGAAAUCACUGCUUAAGCCAUUCCCGCUGUUCGAUGCUGCCGUGAACUUCACCUCUGCCAACUAUGGACGUGUUCCUCGUUACUUCAUCAAAACUCUUCAGGAUCGAACGAUUUUCCGGGCGCGUCAAGAGCAAAUGAUUCAUGAAAACCCUCCAUUCCAAGUCUUAACGCUUGACAGUGAUCACUCGCCAUUCUUCUCCACCCCACAUUCUUUGGUGAGGUUGUUAUUGUCUCUGAGAUCUUUUCUCGUGGUCUCUGCUUCUGCGCAGAAUAGGCAUUUUGUCGAGGCGUUGUUGCUGUUGACACGGAUGGAGCUGGAUCGAGUAAAGCCAUCUCCGGUGACUUGCGUCACUGUUGAUUUCUCUGCUUCGCUCUUGCUUGCUCUGAGGGCGUUCGGGAAAUUUUUGAAAGAUGGCGAGCAAGAACGUGAGCUCCUGGACGUCCAUCGUCUCGGCUCACGCCCAAGCCGGGGAUCUGGAGAUGACUCUGUCGCUCUUCGUGAGAAUGCAGCUGGAUGGCGUCACUGCUUACAGAUGGAGUGCCUGCUCGAGCAUUCCAGCUCCAGUGCAAGGCAAGCUCCUCUACCAGAGACCGGUGGUCUGGAAGACAAUGCAGUGCUCACAACCGCACUGCUCGACAUGUACGCCAGCUGCGGAGGCCUGGAAACCGCCGAGAGCUUCCAGAACCGGUGUCGAUCUUUUCUCUUUGCUGAAUUUUCCAUGGUAAUGUCGUGUGCCUGUCAGCACCACGUCAUACUUCGAGAGCAUCUUGUCUCAUCACUGCGUUGGAUCUCUGGUUUUGCAGCUAUAGAGCUUGGAAUCUCAUACAAACUUGCCGCUGGUAUGUGUUUUUCCUCACAUACACAAGGAAUUGUCGAUAUGUUGCUCAUUGUACACUCAGUAUUUGGUGCUCUUACGCAUUUAACUGAAUGCUUUUUCUUGGAGAACAUAUAUCCCGCUUUUAUGACUUCUGAACGACUUGGUGACAAUAUAUUUCACCCAUCUGUUCUACGCUCUUCUACUUCUAUACGGUUCUUCUAUACAUUAGUGGCACAAAUGGUUCAUCUCUUUAUCUCUGGGAUUCUCCUCGCAUGUGCUAUCCUCACACAAGCAAGUACCCAGGAUUCCAAUAAGUUCCACUUUGUUCUAGUGCAUGGAGCUGGCCAUGGAGCAUGGUGCUGGUAUAAAGUCACACAAGAGCUUGAGGAACAGGGCCACAAAGUGGAUGCACUGGAUUUAACCAGCGCUGGAAAGAGUGGUGUGGAUGCACUUGCAGUGGAUAGCUUGGAGACUUACUCGGGUCCUCUGGUUCAACUGCUUGAAUCACUUCCAUCAAAGGAAAAGGUGAUUUUAGUUGGGCAUAGUCUAGCAGGUCUUUCACUUACAUAUGCCAUGGAAAAGUUUCCAGAGAGAAUUUCUGGAUCUUUUUUCGUAACUGCGCUUAUGCUAUCUUCGAAUGCAACUCAAGCUCGGGGAGCUUACAGCCAGAUUACUCAAGGUUUACAAAAAUAUAUGACACCUCUAUUUCGUAAUAGCUCCUCUUCAACACCUGCUGCUUCUUCGUUCAAGCUACAGUUUGCUCGACAACUUCUGUACCAAAAAUCUCCUCCAGAGGAUGUGGUCCUUGCCAAAUCGAUUCUAAAGCCAUUCCCGUUUCUUGACCCUGCCGUGAGCUUCACUGCAGCAAACUAUGGAAGUAUUCCUCGCUACUUUAUCAAAGCCACGAAAGAUCGCACCAUUCCACUGGGACGUCAAGAGGACAUGAUCAAGCAGAAUCCUCCGCAAAAGGUUCUAGAGCUUCAUUCAGACCACUCUCCAUUUUUUUCAAUGCCCAAGAACUUAGUUCACUCUAUCAUGUCAGUGGUCAAAGAUUUUGUCAAAAAGUAAAGAAAGUCAAGCUUGUGGCAGUCACUGUAUUUCUAGGCCGGCUUAUUACAAAAUACCUGAUGUCUAAUCAUAGUUUGAUCGUUUUCAUCA